GGGGCCGCUCCCUGGCCCACGCCUCACUUCCUCUCCGCUGGGGCGGCCAGCCCCGCGCCUGAGUCCGCAAGCUCCACCACAACUUGGUUCCCCCGCAGUCAUUUCACCAACAUCUACCGAGGGCUGGGCACCGUAAAGAGCGCAGGAGUGCCACCACGGAACAGGACAGAUUGACCUCCCUCCUGGAGACAGACGGAUUCGGCAAAGAACGAGGAAGCUGUUCUUCACCAGCCCUUCACCUCCGGCCCUUCACCUCCGGCCCUGUCUCAGACCAGGCCAGGCUCUGCUCCACGGGGCGUCCUCCCAGAAACCUAGGCUGAAAAAGCCGCUGCGGUCAGGGACAUCCUGCUCACUGUGGUGGGAAGACAACGUGGCAGGUCCCGCAUCCAAGCUUUAACAGGAGGCCCCUGUGAAGAGCCAGUGGCCCUUCCCCGGAUCCCGAAUGCACGCCAGGCCCGGUGGAGCAGAGAGCAGGCGCCCUCCUGGUCAUGCUGAGCUCAUAUGCUGAUGGCUGUUCCGUGGGUUCAAGACUGGGUCCCCUCCCUUCUCCCAUGUCACCAAUGCCUGGUCUCCGGGGGUUAGUUUUCAGCCUAACACUAUGGCAUCGCCCACCUCCUUCCCAGCUUCUGGCUCCAGGUCCAAGAAACCUUUGGGCAAGAUGGCUGGCUGGCUCAGGCAGGCCCUGUCCAAGAAGCCCAACAAGAUGCCUGCGUCCCAGAAAAGCCUCCCGAGUGACGCUCUGCCAGGGUGCUCACGGGACAAUGCCCUGCCACCGUGCUCGCAGGAUGACCCCCCACCACGGUGCCCCCAGGACCACCCCCCAUCGUCGGGCCUCAGCUCAGCGGCAUUGGCGGAGUCUCCCGCCCUGCCACCUGCACAGGAGGGUGCCACCAGCAGCAGCAGUGGUGGCCGCUGGAGCAGGGACUACGACGUGUGCGUAUGCCACAGCGAGGAGGACCUGGCGGCCGCACAGGAGUUGGUGGCCUACCUGGAGGACUGCUCCGCCAGCCUGCGCUGCUUCCUGCAGCUGCGUGAUGCGGCCCCAGGCAGCGCCAUUGUGUCUGAGCUGUGCCGGGCGCUGGACAGCAGCCACUGCCAGGUGCUGCUCAUCACUCCUGGCUUCCAGCGUGACCCGUGGUGCAGGUACCAGAUGCUGCAGGCCCUGAGCCAGGCCCCGGGGGCCGAGGGCCGCACCAUCCCCCUGCUCACAGGCCUGGCCAGGGACGCCUACCCGCCCGAGCUGCGCUUCAUGUACUUUGUGGACGGCCGGGGCCCAGAACGAGGCUUCCGCCAAGUCAAGGAGGCCAUCCUGCGCUAUCUGCAGACGCUCAGGUGACACUUCUUAUGUCACGGCGAGACCCAGAAGGCUGGCGCAAAGCUGGAAAUCAAGUUAGAGAGCCCAUGGCCUUGGAUCCAGCAGGUGUGACAGGGCCUGAGGAGCUGGAGCUGGCAGCACUUUCCACGUGAUCUGGGAUCAGAUUGCCUAGCAGGCUUCCAUUAUUGCUGGGGACUCCCCAGGAAGGCCCUGAGGAAGCUGGGGAUUCCCCCAGAAAGGUCAUGAGGAAGCUGGGGACUCCCCAGGAAGGCCCUGGCACAGCCAGAAACUGGAGGUGGUAGGAGGAGGUGCUGAUAACAGGAUGACCACCAAUGUUUUGCCUCCUUAUUGGAUGUGAGUCUGACGCAUCCCCAGGGCUUCUUCCCCUGGAAUCAGGCACAGGUGUAGAGAUGCAUCCCUCCUGAACAGGUGACUCACCUGAUGCAUCAGCCAGAAGCCUAGAGUACAUGUUUCAGCAUGGACGGUUUUUCUGGUUGCCUGAUUGCCUGAAGAAAGCCCUGGAACAGAUGCCAGGAGAAAGCCAAAGGUAUCAAGUCUUUCAUACUCUGCUGCCAUUCUCCUUCCCUUCAUUCACUUCAGAAAGCUACAUGAAAAAUAACACUCAACAUUGUACCGUAUUUAUUUUUACUGCACGCAUGUUAAAGACUCAACCUGGAAACCUUCCUGAACAGACAGGAGAAGACUGGGAGUAGGUGGGGUGAGGAGAAGGAAAGCUCAGACCUUUUACCUUGGAUCAAAAGCCCACCCACCGAUGCUUUGACAUACGGGGGCCUCACGGGGAUCUGGCUGGAGCCUGUGCUUUACUGUGUCUUCUUCGCUGCUGCACUGCAAGAGCCAGCAUUCUUCUGGCAGGUGACUGCGCCUUGAACGACAGGCAAGGUUUCGUUCAUCUGUUCUCGGUGAAAGUUGGUUGUUGAACUGAAACGAAUUUUUGUUCCACCAAUGUGUACCUCUGUGCUUCUCUCACUCCCCGCUCCUUACACUGAAAAAUAUUUAUACAUAUAUAUAUUUUUGUAACGGAGAUGCAGUGGGCAUGUGACAUGAUACUAGUUUCAGGUAUAGGAUUCGAUAUUUGUAUAUAUUUUGAAAAAAGUUGUAUUUUUAAGUAUGAAUUAUUUUAUUACAUACAAAGGGACUAAAGCAUACUACAAUGUACAUUCAUGUGCCUUCCACCCAGCUUGGGAAGCAAAACAUGACAAUCCUGGGGUGCUCCCUUUGUGCCCUUAAUUAUCUUCCUCUUCCUCUCACCAGAAAUAACCACUACUCUACAUCUCUCACCGUUGUCUAGAAAUUUAUUACACACAUAUGCUUCCCGGACAACAUGCUCCUUUUAUAUGGUUUGAAUCUGUACAUAAACAGCGUUGUGAUGUGCUCUGCUGUCCCUUUGUUUGUCGCAUGGGUAAGACUGAACCACGCGAAGGCACGUGACUGCAGCCAGUUCACUCGCAGUCCGCCGCGCACAUGCACCACUGUCGAACCACGGGCUCUGUCGCAGAUGGACGUUUGGUGUUCCUAGUGUUCUUGCUAUUAAAAAGAAGGGGCUUUUUUGAAAAAAAAAAAGUGAACAUUUUUGUACAUGUCUCCAUGAGCAUGAUUUUCGAGGAUUUAGCCUGGAUGGGGAACAGCUGGGUAGUAAAGAAGACACAUGUUUAGUUUUGGUAAAAGAUACCAGAUUUUCUUCUAAAUUAGUCAUGGCAAUUUAUGUUCCUACAAUUCGUGUAUGAGUUCCCACGGUUUGAUGUUCUUGCUAACACUAGAAUUAUCAGAUUUUAAAAUGUUUGACAAUCUGGUGGGUGAAAACUGGUAUCCUAUUAUCAUAAUGUUCGUAUUUUCCUUACUUUUUAAAAAAUUAAUUAAAAAUUUUUUUUUGUACGGAGAGGGUAAGGGAGGGAGAAAAAGAGAGAGGGAAACAUUGAUGUGCAAGAAAUAUGAUUGGUUGCCUCUCAUGCCCCCG